GACCUCACAUCUCUCUCAACUACUCACGAGAACACAGAAUAAUUUUCCUCCAAAAUUCAAUUUUGACCAACCGAGGGUAACUCGUUGUUUGCUGCCGCGAUACGGUCUGUGGUUUAAGGUUCAUCACUCCGAUGACUGAAAAGGGUGUAGCUAUAGAAAUACAAGAAUCAGGAGAAGAUGAUGUUGGCAUAGGAGUGAAACUUGGAACUGAAAAUGUAGAAGAUUAUUCGAAGGAAAACGUUGGAGCGAACAAACGGAUUAAGGAUACGUCAAUUGAUAGACUCAGUGCAUUGCCUGAUUGCUUACUUAUUCAUAUCCUCUCGUUUUUAGGUGUUAAAAAAGCUGGGGUUACGAGCUUGUUGGGGAAAAAAUGGAAGUAUCUUUGGGCUGAAUUGCCUGUGCUUGAAUUCCAUUUUGAUUUCUCUGAUGAAAGUGAGGAAACUAAGAAUACGCUUGACUUUGUGGCUUGGGUUAAUAAGACCCUUGCUAUUCGUAGUGGAAAUCAUCUGGAGAAGUUGAAGGUUGGGUUCAAUUACAAGAUUUGCUUUGAUCCGGAUGUUGAUAGCUGGGUAGAGUUUGCUUUGAAAAAUAAGGUGAAAGAAGUCAGUUUGAUAUUAGGGGAAAGUGAAGAUUUCUACAUACUUCCUGAAAUGAUGUAUUCAAAUUCUUUCUUGACAUCACUGUCUUUGGAUGGCUGCAUUUUGGAUCCUGAAAGACCAAUCCAGUGGCCUUCAUUGACUUCUAUAGAGAUCUCUGAUGUCCAUUUGCCUCAGCAUGUGCUUGAAAUGAUAUUAUCAGGCUGUCCAGUUUUGAAUUCAAUGAAUCUCAGUGGUUGUAGGGGAUUCACUUGUUUGGAUAUCAACUCUAACGGUCUAUAUAACCUCCGGGUGGAGAACUUUGAAGACGAAGAACAAGAAAGUGACCCUUUCCUGCAAAUAUCAGCACCCUAUCUAAAAUCUUUAAGUAUUUCUUUGUAUCCGGUAGAAAAGAAGUUGAAGCUCACUAACCUCUCAUCUCUUGUUAGUGCUGAAUUUUAUUUUUGUGAACACAUGUGGAGUUUGCCCUCUGAGGUGCUGAGUAAUGCAAAGGAAUAUUUCGAAAACAUUCACCAUGCCAAGGAACUCGUUCUGGGGUCUGGGCCUGUUAAGGCUCUAGCAGAGUUGGUGAUGAAUGGCUGGCAGCUCCCAAAAAGUCGGUUAAGGUGCUUGACAAUAAAUGUUUUAUGUGAUGCUGUGAGAAUCGUUCCAGGCAUUUUAGGCCUGCUGGAAUCUUCUCCUGACCUUGAGACAUUGAUUAUUGACUCUAUUGAUCCCUACAAUUGGGACGAGAAUUGGCUCCCACCUGAAAAAUGUGAUUUGGAUUCCGACUUAUUGCAUCUGAAGACAGUGAAAAUGUAUUACUUGGCAAAUCCAACUGUUGGUGGUGAACCAAUGCUUACAUUGGCCAGAAUCCUUCUUAAGAGGGCAACAAUAUUGGAAGAGAUGGUGAUUAGGGCUGAUAUUAUAGAUAUGAGUGACUCUGUCAAGCUAGAUUAUGGGAUAAGAAGUUGGCCUUUUGAAAUUCUUCUGCACGUGCACGUCAAGAACCAUGAACACAUUUCUGUGGUGAGAUCUUUCUAUUUAAGAAAUGAAAUGGGCUUUGAUGCAUCUAACUGUUUCCCGGUGUGUUAUUCAAUAACUCUAAAUGUAUAGGCAUAUUGGUGUUAUUCAGUAACCCGAAAUGUAUAUGGAUAUGUCUUUCUUUGAUUUGUAUAAAGUACAUCUCAGACACAUAAAAAAAGAAAAGAAAAAAAAAACAUGUACUUCCGUAAUAUUUUUGAAUCAAACUCUUUAAUUUUCAC